AUGGAUAGCAAAGAGUAUCUUAUAUCGUAUGGUUGGAAAGAAGGAGAAGCAUUUAAAGAAGGAGGGUUAAAAAAACCUAUACUGGUAAAGCACAAGAGAGAUAAGAAGGGAUUAGGUAACGCCCCUGGCGGGAAUGAUGGUGAAGCAUGGUGGGAAAGGCUGUUUGACGGACAUUUGAAGAACUUAGAUGUAAGCACUGACUCAAGUAAUGGUGCUAUUAAAUUCACUCAAAAUGUAGUAGUUGCAUCCGCUGUAUCGAAAAGUAGCUCACCUUUAUACAGAUGGUUCGUCAAAGGAGAAGGUCUGAAGGGAACCAUUGAUAAUCUCUGCGAAAAGAAAGAGUCUAGUCCUGUUAUAUCGGACGGAAGCUUGCGUAAAUCGAAGAAGAAGAGAAGAAGAGGUGACGAUGAUAGUAAGACUGAGAGAAAGAAGUUGAAGAAAGAUAAAAAGAAAGGUAGAAUGAGUAAAAAGGAUAGAAGGAGCAAAAAGGAGAAAAAAUUAAAAGAGAGUAAAAAAGCGAAAAGAAGUAAGCAUAGUAGUAGUAAAGAAAAGAAACUAAAGCAUAAAAUGGAGCAUAUAUUAUAA